CCCGGUCGGGCGGGGAGGCGGGGAGGUGGCCACUGGCUCCGCCCCGCUCCCCUCUGACCCGGUGUCUAGUCUCUCCGUCUUCCUGUUCCAAACCACGUGGACGCGUCUGGGCUGCGGGAGGCAGCCCGAGCCGCCGCCGUCGGUGUCGCAGCCACCACCACCGCCAGAGUCACGAGUCCCGCGUCUGUCCGAAGUCGCCGCUCUCGGGUUGCUCACGUCUCUUCGGAGAGCGCGCACAUGGCGACUCAGGCGCACUCCCUCAGCUACGCAGGGUGCAACUUCUUGCGCCAACGUCUGGUCCUGUCUACCCUGAGCGGGCGCCCCGUCAAAAUCCGAAAGAUUCGGGCCAGAGACGACAACCCGGGCCUCCGAGAUUUUGAAGCCAGCUUCAUACGGCUAUUGGACAAAAUAACGAAUGGUUCUCGAAUUGAAAUAAACCAAACAGGAACAACCUUAUAUUAUCAGCCUGGCCUCCUGUAUGGUGGAUCUGUGGAACAUGACUGCAGCGUCUUUCGUGGCAUUGGGUAUUACCUGGAGAGUCUUCUUUGCUUGGCUCCAUUUAUGAAGCACCCGUUAAAAAUAGUUCUACGAGGAGUGACCAAUGAUCAGGUUGACCCUUCAGUUGAUGUUCUUAAGGCAACAGCACUCCCUUUGUUGAAACAAUUUGGGAUUGAUGGUGAAUCAUUUGAACUGAAGAUUGUGCGACGGGGAAUGCCUCCUGGAGGAGGAGGUGAAGUGGUUUUCUCAUGUCCUGUGAGGAAGGUCUUGAAGCCCAUUCAACUCACAGAUCCAGGAAAAAUCAAACGUAUUAGAGGAAUGGCGUACUCUGUACGUGUGUCACCUCAGAUGGCAAACCGGAUUGUGGAUUCUGCAAGGAGCAUCCUCAACAAGUUCAUACCUGAUAUCUAUAUUUACACAGAUCACAUGAAAGGAGUCAACUCUGGGAAGUCUCCGGGCUUUGGGUUGUCACUGGUUGCUGAGACCACCAGUGGCACCUUCCUCAGUGCUGAGCUGGCCUCCAACCCCCAGGGCCAGGGAGCAGCAGUACUUCCGGAGGACCUUGGCAGGAACUGUGCCCGGCUUCUGCUGGAGGAAAUCUACAGGGGUGGAUGCGUAGACUCGACCAACCAAAGCCUGGCGCUACUACUCAUGACCCUUGGACAGCAGGAUGUUUCCAAAGUCCUGCUAGGCCCUCUCUCUCCCUACACGAUAGAAUUUUUGCGGCAUUUGAAGAGCUUUUUCCAGAUUAUGUUUAAAAUUGAAACCAGGCCAUGUGGUGAAGAACUCAAGGGCGGGGAUAAAGUGCUGAUGACCUGUGUUGGCAUUGGUUUCUCCAACCUUAGCAAGACCCUCAAGUGAUAACCAUCACAAGAUAAGGCCCCAGUGCCUACAGACAAAGCAGAAGCUGCCACGGACACCAAUGGGACCAAGUCCAAAUGGAUUAAUCCAGGACAGGAUAGCCACUUGCUUAAUUUUCUGUGAAGAAAUAUCAAAUACAAAUAAAAGACAUCUCUGUAGCAUGUGGUUUCCAGCUGUUUCUCCAGUGGCAUUGCCAUUGCCCAGGAAGGGCCCAAUCACCAUGAGAUCUCCCUUGCCUUACCUGGAGGAAGAAUGUGCCUUCAGGCCACAGUCGUGCUGCUAGAACAGUCUCAUAGCUGCAGUUCAGCUGUGCUUCCUCAGCCUACUAUCAUAGGCUUCCUUGGCCCUCUGUCAUAUGGCUGUUUUCCAAACCUGUGGAGUCUGUUACUGUUCUUUCUGCAAGGACUCACCUCCUUGAGCCUCGGUUUUUGUUGUAGGGAUUAAAUGAGAUAAUAUGAGUGGCAA